CUUGUUCCGUAUCAUUUUCGGUAUUCAUUGCGCUCGGAACUGUCGUUCAGUAUGGGAAGUUCGAACCUUAUUCUCGGCACCUGCCUGCUUCAUCUGCUGCUGUUCGCAGCAUUGGGUCAGGGCAUCGAUUGGACCGUGUCCGAUGUUGUGGGCUCUCUGCAAAAUGUCGGCUCCAGCAUUAUCGAUGCAAAGACGCUGCCCACACCGCAGGGCUUGCUCGAAGGCAGCAAAAAUCUAAUCGCCGGCUAUCCCUUCGAAUAUGCCUCGACCACCAUCAACUUCCUAUGUUCUCAGGCGCUUAGCUCAAAAAAAAUCAAGUCGAAGUACACACCGGACAUACGUCAAAUGAACUUUCAGCUGCGCACCGCCUGCAACAGGACAAGCUUUCCACUCCUCGAUGCAGAUGCCAUGUGGCGCAGCCCCGAAUUCGAUCCCAAGAAAGGCGUAGUCAUCCUCGCCACCGGCUGGACGACUAGCGUCAAUGAAACGGACACCAUCGAUAAGUUUGCCCAGGCCUACAAUUGUCGCGGCGAUGUCAACUUUGUGGCUGUGGAUGUUGCCAAGUUCAUUGAUACCCUAUACACUUGGUCCGCUUUCAAUACAGAUGAGAUUGGGGAGAACAUUGCACGAGGCCUGGUCAAGCUGCUGGAUGUGGUCAAGGUGGAAAACAUUCAUCUGAUUGGUCAUAGCCUGGGUGCGCAUAUUGUGGGCUCGGCAGGACGCUAUCUGCAGCAAAUGACUGGCAAAACGUUGUCGCGCAUCACCGGACUGGAUCCGGCUAAGCCGUGCUUCAACGAGGGCGAAGUUCUGUCGGGCUUGCAGCGCGGCGACGCGAAGUUCAUUGAUAUAAUACACAGCAAUCCAGGCGUGCUGGGCAAACGGGAUCCCAUGGGCGAUGUGGACUUCUAUCCAGGUGGCCUGGAUCCCCUGCCCGCAGGCUGCCUUUCGGUGGUCUGUGCACACGCUCGUGCCUGGGAGUAUUACGAGGAGUCUAUCUAUCCGGGCAACGAGCGCAACUUCUUGGGCACACGCUGCAGCUCGUUGCGUAGGCUGCGCGAUGACCUCUGCUCGGGCGAACAAUAUCCCAUGGGCUAUGCUGUGCCGCACAACAUCAAGGGCAACUACUUCCUGGAGGUCAACGCCAUUAAGCCCUUUGGCAAAAAUUCAUCCGGGCCGCGUUCAGCACGACUCGCAAAGUGCGGAGUUUGUGGCAACUAAUGGAGACCCUGCGUGAUAAGAUCUAAGCCGAUAUCGAUACCUGAAACGCCUUUCCCUCUGACCCAAGUUGAAUCGGAGACGUUCAGAGCCGUAUUCGAAAGGAAACUCUUAAACUAAUAUAGGCUUAAGAAAUAUUAUGAAACCCGAUAGCAAUUCCGUGACUGCGAUAAGCCGAUAAUAUCGCAGUUUCGAAAAGUUAUCCGCUAUAAAGUUUUUUUUUUUUUUUUUUGCUUAAUGCAACUAUUCAUAUUUAAUUCUUUGUACAUUUAAGUUGUUGUUUUUUCUCAGUUAUUUGCUUGGCCUGAUCUAUGGGCCCCCAAAUACAAUUUGCAUGUUAAGCGUUGACAAUUCAA